GGGAAAGAGAGAAAGAGAGAGAGAGAGGGAGAGCGAAAGAGAGAGAGAGAGCGCACGACACGAGUGCUAGCGAAAAGGCACGACAUAGAUAGGAGGAAUGACGAGUGCGUGAAACGAGGUACGAAAGUUGGUGGUCGUACGCGGGAAUCAGCGGUUGUGUAUUUGACCCUUUUAUGCUUGUGAUUCGCGCCGAAGUGGCUCGACCGUCGGCGCGGAACGUGUGCUUUUUUUAAUUUCCAAAAACAGCGUGAGUACGUGUAUGAUAGUGAGCACGGUAAGUCGCGCGUCGUUUUCCCGCGGCGCCUUCUCCACUCUCGGGGGGGCUCCUGACGACGCAAUCAACGGAUGAAUGGGCAGCCGACUCUCGGGGACGCCGAGGAUCGCGUGAGUGAGGUAGAACAUACAAAAGGACAUACAGUUAAGAUACAUACAAUGGCAACUUUGGCUGAGCAAGCAUCUAAAUUAUUGGACUUUAAUCAGAAAUUGGAUAUAACUCUUCUCGACAAUAUAGUAGGAUGUAUGUACACUGGGAUAGGUGAGCAACAAAGAGUUGCCCAAGAAGUAUUAACAACUCUUAAAGAACAUCCAAAUGCUUGGACACGGGUAGAUACCAUUCUAGAAUAUUCACAGAAUCAACAAACAAAAUAUUAUGGUUUGCAAAUAUUGGAACAAGUUAUAAAGACACGAUGGAAAGUAUUGCCGAGAAAUCAAUGCGAAGGCAUAAAAAAAUACAUUGUAGGCCUUAUCAUAAAAACAAGCAGUGAUCCAGAGACGAUGGAAGCUUCCAAAGUUUAUCUUAACAAACUUAACAUGAUCCUUGUACAAGUACUAAAACGUGAGUGGCCAAAAAAUUGGGAAUCAUUUAUCAGUGAUAUUGUUGGUGCAAGUAAAACUAACGAAAGUCUUUGUCAAAACAAUAUGACUAUCUUAAAACUUUUGUCAGAGGAAGUAUUCGACUUUUCUAGUGGUCAACUCACUCAGACAAAGGCAAAACACUUAAAAGAUACAAUGUGCAGUGAAUUUUCACAGAUAUUCCAGCUUUGUCAGUUUGUGAUGGAAAAUUCACAAAAUGUUCCGUUAGUAGCAGUCACAUUAGAGACGCUCCUGAGGUUUUUAAACUGGAUUCCACUUGGUUAUAUUUUUGAAACAAAAUUGAUAACUACUUUAAUAUACAAGUUUUUGAACGUACCAAUAUUUCGGAACGUUACUCUAAAAUGUCUAACUGAAAUCGCAGCAGUCGUCGCCAUUAUGCCGAAUUAUGAUGAUAUGUUUAUUAUAUUAUUUAUCAACACGAUGGAGCAAUUGGAACUAAUGCUUCCGCUGGAAACUAACAUACGUGAAGCAUACGCGGCUGGUCAAGACCAAGAACAAAAUUUUAUUCAGAACCUAGCUAUGUUUCUUUGCACUUAUCUAAAAGAUCAUGGCGAUCUAAUAGAAAAAAAACAAAUGAAUGAGAUAUUAGUAAAGGCAUUACAUUAUCUCGUUCUUAUUUCUGAAGUCGAUGAGGUUGAAAUCUUUAAAAUCUGUUUAGAAUAUUGGAAUGGAUUAGCAGCUGAUUUGUACAAAGAGAAUCCUUUCGUGACCUCGUCGCCGCUUUUCAUGUCUAAAAACAUGACGGUUCCACCUCGGAGAUUAUUUUAUGGUCAAGUUUUAACAAAAGUACGUUAUAUUAUGAUCAGCAGAAUGGCGAAGCCCGAAGAAGUACUUGUUGUGGAAAAUGAAAACGGCGAGGUUGUCAGAGAAUUUAUGAAAGAUACUGAUUCUAUUAAUCUCUAUAAAAAUAUGAGAGAGACUCUUGUAUAUCUUACUCAUCUUGAUUAUUUGGAUACGGAGAGAGUAAUGACAGAGAAACUGCAAAAUCAAGUUAACGGUACAGAAUGGUCUUGGAAGAAUCUCAAUACGUUGUGUUGGGCAAUAGGUAGUAUUUCGGGGGCUAUGCAUGAAGAGGAUGAAAAACGUUUUUUAGUAACUGUAAUCAAGGAUUUACUUGGUCUGUGUGAACAAAAAAAGGGAAAAGAUAAUAAAGCUAUAAUUGCCAGCAAUAUCAUGUAUGUUGUUGGCCAGUAUCCACGGUUUCUCCGAGCCCAUUGGAAAUUUUUAAAGACUGUUGUAAAUAAACUUUUUGAGUUUAUGCAUGAGACGCACGAUGGAGUGCAAGAUAUGGCCUGCGAUACUUUUAUUAAAAUAGCAUUGAAAUGCAGACGACAUUUUGUUACUGUACAAAUAGGGGAAGCAAUGCCGUUUAUUGAAGAAAUUCUUUCUACAAUUAGCACAAUCAUAUGCGAUCUUCAAACACAACAAGUACAUACAUUCUAUGAAGCAGUUGGCUAUAUGAUAAGUGCUCAAGCUGAUACUUUAGUGCAGGAACAGUUAAUCGAGAAAUACAUGCUUCUCCCUAAUCAAGUUUGGGAUGACAUUAUUAGUCAAGCAUCUAAGAAUGUAGAUGUCUUAAAGGACCAAGAAGCCGUGAAACAACUCGCCAGCAUCUUAAAAACAAAUGUUAGAGCUUGUAAAGCUCUUGGGCAUCCAUAUGUGAUGCAGUUAGGGAAAAUAUACUUAGAUAUGUUGAAUGUUUAUAAGGUUAUGAGUGAAAAUAUAAGUGCUGCGAUUGCUGUAAAUGGUGAGAUAGUAAUGAAACAACCUUUAAUCAAGAGUAUGAGAGUAGUGAAAAAGGAAACAUUGAAAUUAAUAUCGGAUUGGGUGAACAGGACGAAUGAUCAUCAAAUGGUAUUGGAAAACUUUAUUCCACCGUUACUAGAUGCUGUUUUAUUGGAUUAUCAAAAGACGAAUGUUCAUUGUGCUAGAGAGCCUGAAGUGCUUAGUGCUAUGGCCACCAUAGUAAAUAAACUAGAAGCCCAUAUCACUAGCGAGGUGCCCAAAAUAUUUGAUGCAGUAUUUGAAUGUACUUUAGAAAUGAUAAACAAAGACUUUGAAGAAUUUCCGGAACAUAGAACAAAUUUUUUCCUCCUCUUACAAGCGGUGAAUAUUCAUUGUUUCCCUGCAUUUCUUUCAAUUCCACCGGCUCAAUUUAAACUGGUUCUUGACUCGAUUAUUUGGGCUUUUAAACAUACGAUGAGGAAUGUAGCUGAUACAGGAUUACAAAUUCUUUAUCAACUUCUAUUAAAUAUUGAACAGCACGAACAGGCAGGUCAAAGUUUUUAUCAAACAUAUUUUACGGAUAUUCUACAACAUGUAUUCAGUGUUGUCACAGAUACAUCACACACUGCAGGCCUGACUAUGCACGCGACUAUUCUCGGUUAUAUGUUUACACUGAUUGAACGUGGGAAAAUUCAGGUGCCGCUCGGCCCUGUGCCUGAUAAUACUUUAUAUAUACAAGAAUUUGUUGCAAGAUUGCUUAAAGCAGCCUUUCCGCAUUUAACCGAUAAUCAGAUUAAAAUAACUGUACAAGGUUUGUUCCAUCUUAAUCAAGAUAUCAACGCAUUCAAGGAACACCUCAGAGAUUUUCUCGUGCAAAUCAAAGAAUAUACGGGUGAGGAUGAUUCUGAGCUUUAUUUGGAGGAACGAGAAACAGCUUUACGGCUAGCCCAAGAAGAAAAAAGGCGGCAGCAAAUGGCGGUACCAGGCAUUAUUAAUCCUCACGAUAUGCCAGAAGAAAUGCAGGACUGAAUUACCAUAGUCCUUGUCUAUCAUGUUUUGCACAUCUGAAUGAGAAACACUGUUAAAAAAUAAUUAUUGUAUCCUUUGAGCUGUAAUUAUCCUUAUGACAUCACCAUAAAAAAUAGACAAAUAUUGAUUAUACUUAUUAAAACCGAGUCUGCAAAAAGAAAUUACACCCUUGUUAGGGAAGUAAGCCCAAAACGUGGUGAACUGUUUGUUAUAGGAUUCUAAAAAAAAAAUGAAAUUCGAAUUUCCGUUGUGGAUAAUAGGACAAUUGCCUGCUAGCGAUGCUAUUUCAUGUAAUGAAAUAAAAGGUUGCUUCUCAGAGAAAAUCGAUUGUUUAAAAAAUGAUAAUUCUAUAAGACAAAAACGUUCACAAAUUAAUUCCCAAAUAAUUAGAAUUACACAAAAAAUGAUAGAUAUAGCAAAAGUAACCAGUCUUGAGAAUUACCCUCAAAUGAUUCGAUAUAUAUAUAUAUAUUUCAUACAUGAUGAAUUUUCUCUAUAUAAAAUUUUCCACGAAACCUAUAAUACUACUAUAUUUAAGUUUCGUUUUAGCAUUUUUUUCUAUGCGAGUUAAGAGAAACGCUAUAAGUCCACAGAAUUGUUUUGUGCACACUAUUGGCCAUUUAAAUUUCUUGUCGAAUGGAUAUGGAUAUGUAUGUAUGUAUGUAAGCUUACUUGUGAUAGCUUAUACUAAUGUAUUGAUACAUGAAUUUGUUAUAAUAUAAAUAAUACAAAGAAAGUUUUUCUUGUUCCAUACUUUUUAUUCAGUCAAAAUGAUAUGUUCAUACAACCGAGGAUACAUUAUUAUUCAGCAAUAAUGCCAAUAAAAUUGAUCUUUUUUUUCGAAAGAUAACAAAUGAUGGAACGUAUACAGUGAUAUGAGACGCGUGCGCGAGUGAUAAACUUACUUACAUCUACUAGAUGAGAGAGAGAGAGAGAAUGCACACACAGGUAUAUAAUAUAUCUAACAAACAAUCCGAAUAAUUCAAAACCGUGUAAAAAAAUUAUAUAAAUAUAUAUAAACCAGCGCGACCUAUUUAACUUGUUAGAUGAUUAAUGCAUUUAUUUGAUCAUUAUACAUAUAAUAAUGAUUUCACUGAAUACUUGGUGAGUUAGUGUACUUUAUCGGGCGUGAGUGAAUAGGAAACUUCUUGGUGAUCUGCGUGAGAUAAGAUUUGUGUAUAAGGUAUCAUUGGGUUUGUGAUCGAUGUAAAAGAAUAAUUUUUAUUGCAAUGAAUCAUAUAAAUGAUUGUCGUAUGUAUGUUUAAAUCAGUGUAGAGCUUUAAAGAAUAAUACGUCGAUAUUAUAGUUACAUGCAGGGGGGAAAGGGGCGAUCGAAUUUGAAAUAUGUGAAUAAUUUGCAUAAAA